AUGAUGUUCCCCUCAAUCCUCCUCCUGGUGCUGAGUGGCGUGGCCUUCCUCACCGGGGUGCCAUUAAACAGCUACGUCCUCUUCGUUGCUGGCUGCCGUGUGGAGAGGACGGUCAGUGCCAUGUGGUUCUGGAACCGGGCCUUGGCCGAUUUCAUCUUCAUCAUCUUCCUGCCAAUCAGAUUAAUUUCCCUCUCCGACUUUGACUGCACCUGGAGGCUGAGCAGCACCAUCACCUCCCUCCACAUGUUCUCCAGCGCUUUCCUCCUCACGGCCCUCAGUGUCGAUCGCUGCAUCUUAGCGGCAUGCCCUGAGUCGGCCCAGAACCGCCGCACGCUCCCCCUGGCUUUUGGGGUGGUUAUGGGCUUGUGGGCCCUGUCUCUUGGGUUCAGUUUGAGGUACGGUGAUCUCUCAGAAUACCUGCUCCCACCUCCCAGCAUCAGAAGGUAUUUCCAUCCAGAUGCAGGGAGGGCGAAGGCUGCCAUUGCAAUCCAGUUCCUGGUCGGGUUUCUGAUCCCACUAGCCUUGAUCUUAAUCCCAACAUUCUACAUCGUUCUAGCUGCCAAACUGAGAAGAAACAGGCUGAUCCAGUCCACCAAGCCACUCAAGAUCCUUCUUGGCUUGAUCCCGACCUUUUUCCUCUGCUGGCUGCCGUAUCACGUCUUCUUCUUCCUGCAGAUCUCAGAUAUGUACCCUCCACCUCUUCUGGAGAUAGGAAGUGCUAUUUCUUCUGUAGUGACAUAUUUCAGCAGCUGCCUCAACCCCAUCUUCUACCUCACCAUGGAGGAAGAGUUUCGGAGGUACAAGCAACGUGCAUGCAAACCCCAAACCAGUGACAACUCAGGGCCAGAGCCAGAUGAAUAG